AUGGAUUUCGCCCGUCAGGGUGACACCAACGCUGCUCGAAGGCUCCUGGCUGAUGCACUCUUGGCCUCGACGAGCAGCCUGGAUCCGGAGCCGCGGCUGGGCUUUACCUGCUCCCUAGGCGUUGCUUCUCUCUACCGCGUCCUUGCCCUGGUGAACUUGGAGGACAAGUCGCCGAGCCGCGGCCUUCAGCAGCAGCAUGUGGCGCUCCGCUACCAGCACUUGGCCAACGUGUGGGUUACGCACGUCUGGGAGAAGUUCGCCCGCCGGGAGGACGGCGGAGGCCCAGGCGAAGGCUGGGCAUGGUACGACCGCUCGUACAUCGACGACUCCGCCUGGCCGAUCGGCCUCAAGGAGAUGAAUGUCGAAAUGCACGUGGUUCAGAACAUGCUGGCCGAUGCCAAAGCAGACCCAUCGUCAAGGCCGCGCUCGGCGGAGACUCCUCACAGCUGGCGGGACGUCAGCUUGAACAUCGGCAUCGCGAGUCUGUGCGCGUACCCGACUGAGAAUCCGCUGCCGCGGUAUGCUGCCUCGAACCACGGAGCCUACGCAGCUCGACACGGCUACCGAUAUCGCCUGGAGCAGCGAAACUUGGCCCCCGAGAGACCUCCAGCUUGGGGGAAGGUUCGGCUCUUGCAGCAAGUGCUUGAGGAGGAGCCGGACGUGGAUUGGUGGCUGUGGUUUGACUGCGACACCUUCUUCAUGAACAUGAGCGUGACCCUGGAUUCCUUGCUCUACCGCUACGCCUCAGUCGCCGACGGCCUCGAUGCCGAUGUUCACAUGCUUGCCGCAGAGGAUGCUGCGAUGCUGAACACCGGGGCCUUCCUCCUCCGGAGCUCCGAAUGGAGCCGCAGCUUCUUGCGCCGGGUCUGGGGAAAGCAGGACUCGAUUUGGAUAUCGCACCCAUGGUGGGAGAAUGCUGCCAUGAUCUGGGACCUCCUCAGAUUUAACUCGGAGAAGUUUCGACACGGGCUGGGCGAGGACGUCUAUCCGAAAGAGGUUCGCAUCCUGCCGCAGUUCGAGUUCAACUCCUACCACCCAGCCACUGCCCAGAUGCUGCACGACACUUGGAUGCCGGGUAAGUUCGUCUUGGCUUUCAACGGUGUCCUUUCAAACACCAGCCGGGCACCAAGACAGUCAGCACUUCGAUGA